AUAUUUCGCCCCCCUCCGCCUCCGUCCAAGCAGCCGGUUGCUGCGCGCGCCAUUUCUGGCUACUCCGAGCGCCGGUGGUUCGCCGGCGUAAAUUGACCCAAACUAACGUGGAAUUCUCGAAGGCGGUAGCUUCCUGCUCGUCCGCUUACUUGCUGAUUUCGCCUUAAAUCUUGCUUAGUGGCGGUGGAAGUACUACUCGAGGGCUUGAUUAGUGGAGGUGGGAGAGGGUGUUGCUCUGCAGGCCUGUGGCGGUGGCGAUCCGGCCAUGGGGAACGCGAGCGCCAAGGAGGGAGAGAACGGCGACAUGGGGGCGUCACCGGAGCUGGCGGCUCCCAACGGCGGCGCCGGAAGCAGCUCGGCGGAUGCCGCCGCUGCGCGGCCGCUGUCGGACGCCGUGAUGCUGGAGCAGCCUCCGCCCGUGCCCUACCUCUUCGCGCCGCAGGUUCCAGUGACUCCAUUGCAGAGACCUACUGAAUUUUCUCCUGUUUUUAACCAUUCACCGACAAAUGGCUCAGACGAACCCACCAACACCCCCCAGGAGAAGGGGAUUCCAACUUUGAUUACAUGGAGUCAGGGAGGAAAUGAGGUGUUUCUGGAAGGAUCGUGGGAUAACUGGACAUCAAGGGCAUUAGAAAGGUCUGGCAAAGAUCACACCAUCUUGUUGGUUCUGCCAUCCGGAGUAUAUCAUUACCGGAUCAUCGUGGACGGGGAACUGAGAUACGUCCCUGAACUACCUCAUGUAGCUGAUGAGAGAGGACUAGUGGCCAACCUCCUCGAUGUCCAUGAUUAUGUUCCAGAAAGUCUCGACAGCGUAGCAGAAUUUGAGGCGCCUCCAUCACCCGAGCACAGUUAUGACCUGCAAUAUCCGGGAGAUGAGGAAUUUGCCAAGGAGCCGCCCACCCUCCCGCCCCAGCUUCUCAUGUCUGUCCUUGGUGAUACCAAUAACACUGAUGAGCACACUCCAAAACCACAGCACGUCGUCCUCAACCAUCUGUUAAUCGAGAAAGGGUGGGGAUCGCGGUCGCUGCUCGCCCUCGGAGUCACUCACCGGUUUGAGUCCAAAUAUGUGAGCUUUGUGCUCUACAAACCGCUGAGGAGGUGACAAUGCUGUGAAUGGUGACUAGGGGUGACUAAGGAGGUGACUACUGAUGGAAGUGAAUAAGGGGGUGUAGCUGACAUUGUAUUGUAGUAGUGUACAGAAGGGAAAUGCAGGAGCCCCUAGCUAUCCUUUUUUUUUCUUUUCCUUCUGAAAGUAAUAAACUGGUUCUUGUUGCCUGAGCUCUAUGAGAAAAUGAAACAAGAGAGUUGGAAACUUUCCUCCGUGCA